AUGAGUCGCAGACGCAGCAACCGCAGCAGAGGCAGCAGAGGCAGCAGCCGCAGCAGAGGCAGCAGAGGCAGCAGAGGCAGCAGCCGCAGCAGAGGCAGCAGAGACUGCAGAGGCAGCAGCCGCAGCAGAGGCAGCAGAGACUGCAGAGGCAGCAGCCGCAGCAGAGGCAGCAGCCGCAGCAGAGGCAGCAGCCGCAGCAGCCGCAGCAGAGGCAGCAGCCGCAGCAGAGGCAGCAGCCGCAGCAAAGGCAGCAGACGCAGUAGAGGCAGCAGAGAGCAGCAGAGACUGCAGAGGCAGCAGACGCAGCAGAGGCAGCAGAGAGCAGCAGAGACUGCAGAGGCAGCAGACGCAGCCCUCUGCAGACGCAGCCCUCUGCAGACGCAGCAGAGGCAGCAGACGCAGCAGACGCAGCCCUCUGCAGACGCAGCAGACGCAGCCCUCUGCAGACGCAGCAGAGGCAGCAGACGCAGCCCUCUGCAGACGCAGGCCUCUAGAGGCUCGGUGGAGUGCUAA